AUGGCAAUACAAAGCGCAAGUUCCGCACUGGGAUCACUCACCGAAUUCACCUGCUUCCCCGAACUUCCCGCCGAACUCCGACUGAUGAUUUGGCGCCUUACAUUUCCAAAAGAGAGGAAAGUGGGCUUGCUUAUGAUGACUUUUACUUCUACCAAAAAACGGAAAUCCCUUCACUCGAAGCAACUCAACGAGCCACUGCCAGUUUCAUUGCAUAUCAAUCACGAAAGCAGAAUCGAGACUCUGACACACUACCAAAUCUUUUAUCGGAGUGACGUGGGCGAUAUCGAGCCUUUGGCGGAACCCUACGAUCGACCUCUUUGUGUCAACACAACAUUGGAUACACUGGUCUUGCCAGUAGAUCUCGCACUACUUGGAUGUGAGAGUGAAUACUAUAAGUCCGAAUACACGGCUUGGAUGACCUACCUUGACAAUAACCUCGACGGUGGUCUCAAGUCAGUUCGGUAUUUACGUAUCGCUGGUCAUAUAGGGUUCAGGGGAGAAGAGGCUCUGAAAGCCAUAGAAUGUUUUCAAGGUCUUCAAGUCUUGACCGUGUCACUUGACAUGGCCUAUGCUGCUGCUGCUAGUCUCGCUAUCAAGCAAUUGAUGAUUGAUCGUCGUCGGAAACAAUUGGAAGAGUGGUAUAAAGUGUGUCAAGAGAAGAUGAUUGACUUCCAUAUUCCACGAAUUAUUUUGGAGGUGGACCCUGGCAGAGAUGGUGGACAGUAUAGACUUCGUUUUAUGGGAGCAUGA